CCAACUUACAACCUACCCUUCGUUUGCAUUGCGAAUAUAACACUUCAUUAUAAUUUUACCGGGAAACUUUCAAUUACUUCUAUAUUUAGCACAAUGGCACCGAGACGACCGGAUAAAAAGUCGAAAAAGCGAGAUAAGGCGGCGAUAUCCAGGGCGGCAGCAGCAGCAGCAGCAGACGGCACGUCCAAACCCGUCACCCCGGAAAUCCUCGUCAAGGCCGCCGAGUACCAAUUGCAAGCGGGCAACGUCCAGGACGCGCUCACGCUCGCGGAGAAGGCGCUGGAGCAGUCGCCUGCGGGCUCCGACGACGAGCUGUCGGCGCUGAAUCUCCUUGGGCAGAUCAGCCUCGAGGCCGGCGAGUUCGAGGCCGCGCGCGCGUACUUCCUGCGGGCGGUGGCGAUCGACGGGGACGGGACAAAGGACGAGGCCACGGGUGGCGGGCCAGAGAAGUUCCUGUGCCUGGCGCAGCUGAGCGAGGAAGGGGGCAAGGACAGCGUCACGUGGUUCGAGAGGGGGGCGGCGGCGCUCAGGAAGCAGAUCCAGACGCUGGAAGAUGCGAGGCGGAGGACGGACGAGCAGACGAUGCAGCUGGACGAGCUCAAGAAGAAGCUGGCCAUGACGCUGUGCUCCGUCGCCGAGGUCUACAUGACGGACCUGUCGUGGGAGGAGGACGCGGAGCCGCGCUGCGAGGCCCUGGUCACGGAGGCGACGCUGGUCGCGCCGGACUUCGCCGAGACCUGGCAGACGCUGGCCAACGUGCGGAUCUCGCAGGAGCGGUUCGACGACGCCAAGGCCGCGCUCACGAGGAGCCUCGAGCUGUGGAAGGACCUGCCGCCGCAGGACCCCGCGGUCCCGGACUUCCCGAGCCGCGUCGCGCUCGCGAGGCUGCUGAUGGAGGUCGAGAUGGAGCAGGAGGCGAUCGAGGUCCUGGAGCGCCUGGUGGGCGAGGACGACCAGAGCGUCGAGGUUUGGUACCUGGGCGGUUGGGGCUUGUACGUCAUGGGCGAGAAGCAGAAGAAGGAGACGGAUAAAGCCGGCGGUAGCGGCAGCAGUAUUAGCGAGGAGGACUGGAAGGCGUCGUGGAUAUCGAGCCGCGUGUGGCUGAACCAGUGCCAGCAUCUGUACAAGCUGCAAGACUACGAGGACGAGCGGCUGGGAGAGCACGCGCAGGAAUUACUGGGUCUUAUCGCGAAGGAGCUCGGCGAGGCGCCGGCUGGAGAGGACGAAGAUGAGGACUGGGAAGAUGAGGAGGACGAGGAGGACGGAAGUGAUGAGGAGAUGAAGGAUUGAUUUACAUGCAUACCUGACAGGUACCUAAUGCGUCUCCGCGGUGGUGGUGAAUGGAAAGGGAAUGAUUGAUACUAUAGAUGGAAGAUACCACGAGGUCUGGUGAUCUCGUUCUGGCAUUAUUGGCGUUAGGAAUUCAAAAAAAUGAGGCGGGUGAUACUUUCAUCAUCAUCAUCAUCGUCAUCAUGUCUUGUCACGUCUU